AAUCAUAAGACUAGUAGAAUUAAUAUAUUUUAUGCUCCGCGGAAAGUGUUCGUCUGUGAAAUGUGAAGUUCUUAAAAUGAAUUUAUGUUCGAUCAAAUUUAAAUUACUGAUUUGUUAGGGAAAAAGUAAAAUACCUGUUCGGCGAUUUUUAAUUUCUAGUCACUGGUAAAUCUAACUCGUUGUCUUAUUGGUUUUUUUUGUUACUCGAAAAUUCAAUAAAAUGUUUUUAAAUAACGUUGUAUUCGUCGUUUACAAUUUGUUGACGUUUUCCAUUUUGGCAUAUUGCAAUUCAAAUGACUACUAUGAUAUAUUGAAUGUACCACGUUCAGCCAAGCAGAAUCAUAUAAAAUCUGCAUUUAGGAAAAUGGCUAAGCAACUUCAUCCAGAUAAAAAUCAAGAUGAUCCAGAAGCUACAGAAAAAUUUUCAAAGUUAAGAAAUGCAUAUGAAGUAUUAUCUGAUGAAAGAAUGCGUAAAGACUAUGAUAGGUGUGGUGAACAGUGCGUUAAAAAGGACAGCAUGGCUGCUGGUCAUGAUCCAUUUGCCAGUUUCUUUGGAGACUUUGGUUUUCAUUUUGAUGAAUCACCUGGACAAAAAGAAAUUCCUAAGGGUGGAACCAUAGUUCUUGACUUACAUGUUUCCUUAGAAGAAUUAUACAAUGGUAACUUUGUGCAGGUAACAAGAAACAAACCGGUUAUAAAACCAGCUCAUGGUACAAGACAAUGUAAUUGUCGCCAAGAGAUGAUCACUAAACAAUUGGGCCCAGGUCGGUUUCAAAUGAUGCAACAAAAUGUUUGUGAUGAAUGUCCCAAUGUAAAAAUGGUUACUGAAGAAAGCAUGUUAGAAAUAGAAAUAGAACCUGGUAUGAAAGAUGGCCAAGAAACCAAGUUUACAGCAGAAGGAGAGCCACAUAUUGACGGAGAACCAGGCGAUCUUGUUUUUAAAAUAAAAACAUCACCUCAUUCUGUUUUUGAAAGGCGAGGCGAUGAUUUAUACACUAAUCUAACUAUUUCAUUACAGGACGCAUUAAUUGGAUUCCAAACAGAGAUAACCCAAUUAGAUGGUCGAAAAAUUCUUAUAGAACGAAAUACUGUAACCUGGCCUGGAGCAAAAAUUCGUAAAAAAGGUGAAGGUAUGCCCAACUAUGAAAACAAUAACUUACAUGGUUACCUCAUCAUCACUAUUGACAUCCAGUUUCCUAAAAAUGACUUCACUGAACAAGACAAAGAAGAUCUCAAAAGAAUAUUAGGCGAAAACUCAAUCAAUAAAUUAUACAACGGUCUGGAUGGAUACUGAGGAGAAGAAUAUCUUUCAAGUCAUGAGUGCCACAAAAGAUAUUUUUCUUUUCAUAAUUCUGUGAUGUAAAUGAUGUAGAUUUAUAUUCAAAUUAUUUACUAAAAUAAAUGUGUGCUUAUGAAAUUA